AUGUUCUUGUUGACCACCGGCCAUAUGUUGCCGCCCACAUCGCUGCAUUUCGGGUCGCUGUUCGCAGAGACUCGACCUGAUCCGGAGCAGGUGCUUUCUCGUGCGCUAGAACUGGCGACGGAGAUUGCGGAGAAUGUUAGUCUGUUAGCAUGGCAUCUGAAUCAUGCGUUGAUGUGGCGGAAUCCCGGGACUGCGGAAGGAACUCAUAUUGUUGAUUCAACGGUGAUCUAUCAUAUGUUUGAUGGGAGGGACAUGGAAGAAGGGACCAGGUCUUUUCUAGAGAAGCGAAAGCCACAUUUCACGGCAACCUUGGAGGACGCGCCACCGAAUUACCCGUGGUGGACUGAAAUUGACACAGGCCGGAGAGUCCGGGCCUCAAAGCUGUAA